UCUUUUAAAUUAAUGAAUACGAGUGUGAAUACACUUUCUUUCGUGUGAGCUCUACUGAUAAUGAAGUCUUAGCACAAUAAAAAAAAAAAAAGAAGAGAAAGAAAUGAGUAAAUUCGCUAUUUCGUGGCAGGUAUGCAGCGAGGAUCGUUCAUAUGAUGAAAAAACUCGCUGCUGUUACUGGAAGUACGAAUUGAAUGCCGAAUGGAAGAUGAAGUGUGUGUGUGAGCAAAAUAAACUAAGAAAUCCCGCUUUCAUAGAAAUCCAUCGAAAAUCACCCGCAGGUGAAUGCAUCGUCUCCGGAGCGUUGGAAAUCCACGACGAAAGAAAAGGGCAGUGUCUGCUGAAGAAAAAAUUUAUCUGUUUACUUGAAGACAGGUGCCUGUUUGCGCGAAUAGAUUUGCUAUACCCUCCAGAGGCUGCGAAAACAGCUCCUAAAAUGUUUUUAAUCACCGGGGAGAUGACUGUCAGCUCCCGCACAGAAGAUUCAAUGGAUUUGGCUGAGUUGGUCCACUUGACGAAUACCAAUUACUCGUGUUUGAGGCAGCUUUCGAAUGACAUGGAAAGGUCGCUGUUGGAAAAACCAUUUUUAGCCGAUGUGACCCUGAAAUGUGGGCCUGUUUCCAUACCAGCACACAAAAAUGUCCUGGCCGCGAGGUCCCCAGUAUUCAAGGCAAUGUUCCUUUGUCCCAUGAAAGAAUCUAAGGAAAAUGAGGUUAUUAUACAAGAUAUUGAAGUGCCAGUUCUUCAGGCAAUGCUGAAAUACAUGUACACAGGAAAAGUUGAAGAUCUCGCGCCAUCAUUAGCUUCUGACUUGCUAUUCGCUGCCAACAAAUACCAGAUUGGAUGUCUGGAAUCUGCUUGCAGUAAAUAUUUGAUGCGAAACAUGUCCAUGAAAAAUGUUGCAAGCAUAUUGCUUAUUGGAGACUUUGUUUCGCCAGAUAUGAAAAAUUUUGCAAUAGAUUUCAUUUGUAAUAAGUGCACUGAUUUUUCUGCUUUAGAGAAGGCGAAAGACUGGAUAGCUUUGAAGAAAAAUAAGCCUGCUUUAGCGUUAGAAAUUUUCAGUUCUAUUGUCAAAUGUCAGGAGCAGAAGUUGAAAAUGCUGUAGUGUUUUUAAUGCUAAAAUGUUUUUGCAACUUUUAGUAAGAUAAAAAUGCAAUUCUUUCAAUAAAAUUUU